UUUUAUAUGAAUUAUGAAUGUAUUAUCUAAUAAAGAAAUGAAAGCUAGCCUUGCAGGCUAUUGUAAAGACUAAAGAGCAUGUACAGAGCUUGGGCCUGGGCCUGCAUGCACAGUAGGUUCUCCAUACUUGUCCCUGUGCUUGAGCACACAAACAGGCAGGGUUGGACCCGUGGUCAUUUUACCGUUUUGGUUUGCAGUUGCUUAAACUGGCAUGCCUGAUGCACAAGCGCUGGAGUGUGCACAGGUGCCCACAGGACACAGAAUGUGGGCUCAGGUUUUUGUCCGUGAGGUACAGUGACAUGUCCAUGUACAGUAGUCACAGUGAGCUCCUUAAUAUAGAACGAAGCCCUUCACUAUGCUUGUCCUCCCAGUAGCACCUAGUGUAUGAUGGGGCUGUAGCUAUCCUUCAUACCUCAGAGUUGCAGAGCAGCAUGGUUCUUACUUGACAGUAUUGUAAUUUAAAGUUCUAAUGGAAUUAUGUUGUGUUUGUUUAAGACAAGAGUAAAAUCUUCUCCUAACCAUAGUGCUAGAAGUUUUUAUGUCUGUCCUUAGCCCUGGCUGGUUUGGCUCAUUGGUUAGAGUAUGGGCCCCAGAUUGAAGGGUAGAGGGUUCCAUUCCAGGUUAAAGGCAUGUACCUGGCUGCAGGUUCCCCAGCCCCAGUAGGUGCACGUGCAUGAGGCUAUCAGUUGCUCGCUCUCUGUCUCUCUCUCUCCCCCUCCCUCCCUCCUCCUUCCUUCUCCUCCUCAUCUCUCCCUCUCUUCCCUCCCCUCCACUCUCUCUAGAAAUCAAUGGACAAAAUAUGCUUGGGUGAGAUUAAAGAAAAAGUUGCACUUGUGAUGGAGUGACGGUAGCGUGAUCGUGGGAAAACAGAGACUAAUAGACAAGUCACGAGUAACCUGUGUCAAAUGGGUUCCCGGUUCGGAAAGCCUUUUCCUAGUAGCCCAUUCGAGUGGGAACAUGUACCUGUAUAAUGUGGAGCACUCUUGUGGCACCACAGCCCCCCACUACCAGCUCCUGAAGCAGGGCGAGAGCUUCGCCGUGCACACUUGCAAGAGCAAAUCCACGAGGAACCCUCUCCUCAAGUGGACGGUGGGCGAGGGGGCCCUCAACGAAUUUGCUUUCUCCCCAGAUGGCAAGUUCUUGGCGUGCGUGAGCCAGGACGGGUUUCUGCGGGUGUUCAACUUUGACUCUGUGGAGCUGCACGGCACCAUGAAAAGCUACUUUGGAGGCUUGCUGUGCGUGUGCUGGAGCCCGGACGGCAAGUACAUCGUCACGGGGGGCGAGGAUGAUCUGGUGACAGUCUGGUCUUUUAUAGACGGCCGAGUGAUAGCUCGAGGCCACGGGCACAAGUCCUGGGUCAGCGUGGUGGCGUUUGACCCCUACACCACGAGUGUAGAAGAAAGCGACCCUAUGGAGUUCAGUGGCAGUGACGAGGACUUCCAGGACCUGCUCCACUUUGGCAGAGACCGAGCAAACAGUACCCAGUCCAGGCUGUCCAAGCGGAAUUCCACGGAGAGCCGCCCCGUCAGUGUCACGUAUCGGUUUGGCUCUGUGGGCCAGGACACGCAGCUCUGCUUGUGGGACCUCACGGAAGAUAUCCUUUUCCCUCACCAGCCCCUCUCCAGGGCACGGACACACACAAAUGUCAUGAAUGCCACAAGCCCUCCAGCCGGGAGCACUGGGAACAGCGUCUCGACGCCUGGCAGCUCUGCGCCCCCCCCUCUACCGCGGUCCAAUAGCCUCCCACAUUCCACUGUCUCCAACGCUGGCAGCAAGAGCAACGUUGCCGAUGGGGCCAUCGCGUCUGGGGUCAGCAAAUUCGCAACACUCUCCCUACACGAUCGGAAGGACCGGCACCACGAGAAAGAUCACAAGCGAAACCAUAGCAUGGGACACAUUUCUAGCAAGAGCAGUGACAAACUGAACCUAGUUACCAAAACCAAAACGGACCCAGCUAAAACUCUGGGCACGCCCCUGUGUCCUCGAAUGGAAGACGUUCCCUUGUUAGAGCCGCUCAUCUGUAAAAAGAUAGCACACGAAAGGCUGACUGUGUUGAUUUUUCUUGAAGACUGUGUAGUCACUGCUUGUCAGGAGGGGUUUGUUUGCACAUGGGGAAGGCCUGGGAAAGUGGUAAGUUUGAAUCCUUAACGCUGCACCAGACCGAGAACUUGAGUAGGUAGUGAUUUUUUUCCUUGUGGGAGGGGUGGGUGUACAAUGAAUGAAUGACACUUCUUAAUGUAAAUCUAAAUGCAUCAGAGCCAUACUUUUGGAUACUGCAUGCCAUGUAAUUCUGAAUCAUUUGAUAAUUCACCUUAGAACGUUUAAAAAAUAUAAUCAAACUAAUUGCCAGCCAAGUCCGUCACCCUCCUGGGAGUAUAUAGAGUCCCGAGGUGAGCGCUCCUGUCUUAGACUAUUUCGAUUUUAGGAAAAUCAUGACAGUGUGGGGAAACAAUGAAUUAAAAAGCUAAAAUUAAAAUUUCUGCUUUAACUGGAAUAUUUUUGCUUAACUACUCAGUUAGAAAAUUGUACACCUGAUCAGAGCGUGCUCAGCGCGGACGGCCACUGACUGUCAUUUAUAGUCCAGUUUUUUAUCUUAAUCAUAAAAUGUUUAGGAAUCUAUGAAAUUUAACUUUAGGAACAAAGCGUUCAGCAGGGUUGAUUGAUAUUAUUUUUACAUUGUUCUGGCAAUCCACAGAAAGAGAAGAGCCUUAAUUUUUAAAACCCAUUUUAGUCAUUUUAUGACAAUUAAAAUUGUUUAAUAAACAUCUUUUUUCAAAGAAGCAGUUUGUACCACUUUGAUUGAGAUUCUGUGCACUAAAUAAAAUACCCACGUUCCUCAAGCCUGGGCGGUUCCUGUGAACUGCGGGCCGAGGUUGCCCACCGCACGUGUCAGAAGUGCCUCUUGCCACGGAAGCCAAGACCUUUUCUGUCCAGUGCGCUUUUGCUUGUUUUUUUUUCCAACAAGAAAAAAGAGGUUUCAUUUUCUUUUGUUUUGGGGCAGGUUUUGUUUUGUUUUUAUUUCUUGGGGGUUUUUUUUUGGUCACGAAGGCUCACGAUUGUAGGCCCUGGGCAGCCUCUUUAGCUUUGUUUUGUACAAACUGACAGACCCUCCCCAUCCCUUUCACACACACACACACACCCCGUAGUCCGGGUUUGGUUUUCACCUAGAGGGGAAGUCCAAUUACAGAGUGCCCCCUUAUUGUUGGAUGGUGGUCCUUCCAGGGUCCUUCUUGGGAUGCUGAUACUAGCCUGGCCCUCAGGCUUCCAUCCCAGCACCUCACCCUGGGCCCAGGUGCCCACUGGAUGGACCCGCUGCUCCCAUGGGAAAUUGCAGUGUUUGAUUCUGACUCCCUAUGACCCUUCUCAGCUGUGUAGGAGUUUCAAAUCCCAGCUUUCACACGAUGCGAUGGUUCUUUGAACUCUGUGUUUUAUGUCAAGAUGACGAUUAUCUGGUUUGUUAACUUAUUUUGGUCAUUUAGGUUUGUUCUAUUUUGCACACUUUUGUAAUUAAAUAUAGCGAUGCUGAUAACA